AUGAGGCCCGACAAGGAUGAACAAUGGCGCGAUGGGCAACGGGCAGAGCGACGAGCGGCGAGGGCGAGCCGCCGGCGCGGGCGCGGGCGCCCGGGCGGCGCGGCCGCUGCCCGACGCGGAGGCGGCGGCGGCGGCGCUGGCGUCGAUCGCGCGGGGCGUGGCUGCGCUGGAGGGUGCCUGGUUGCGGCCUGCGGCGCGCGCUGGGCGGCGGAGGAGGCGUGGCGGCGCGCGGGCGGGCGAGGCCUGCGCCAGGCGAGGCGGCGGCGGAGCGGCGGGCGCGCCGCCGUCGAGGAGCGGCUGCGCUGCGUGGCGGACGAGAGCGGGCGCCGCGUCGCCCUGGCCGAGGAGCGCGCGCGCGACGCCAACGACGCGAGUGGUGGUGUUGCUGGGCAGGUGGCGCGGCUGCAGGACCGGGUGGAGGAGCUGGAGGAGACAGUGCGGAGGCUGACGGGCGGAGGAGGCGGAGCGGAAAAGGACGAGGCCAGCCUGGAGCGCGCCGCCGCCAUCACCAACGGACUGGCGUGUUGGGGGAGUGGGGUGCCAAAACGCUCGUUGGUGUUGCGAACGGUGCGCUGCGCUCCGCAGGCGCGGGGCGAGGAGGCGGGCGCCGGGGCGGACGGCGGGGAGGCCAUGCAGGACUUCGAGCGCGCGCGCCUCCUGGCGUACGGCGGCGGCCUGCUCCUCGCGGGCGACGCGCCCAAGGCGCUCGACGCCGGCCUCCACGCGGACCUCGAAGCGCGCAUGCAGGCUCUGGAGGCGUCGCUGGCCAAGGCGCUGGGCGUGCUCUUUCCGCGCGUCGACGCGCUGCUCUACAAGCUGGAGCGGCGCCGGGGGCUGCAGCAGGGGCUGGGGCCUCAGGAGGAGGAGGAGGAGGAGGAGAAAGACGCUGCCGCCGCCCCCGCCCCGUCGCCGUCCCCGCCUCCGGCGUCGUCCUCGCCGUCGCCGCCUCCGCCCGCUCCCCCGCGGCCCCGCCAUCGCGCACAGCCCACGGCGCAG